CCAGGACUUCCGCCGGCGCCGGAAGUGCGGGGCGUCGGGCUGCCGGGUGGCGGGGCCGCAUCAGGGCGGAGACUCGGUGAUCUGCGUCUCUGCGUCCGUCCCGGGCGCCGUGUGGCUGGGGUCCGGCGGGCGGCAGCGCACGGCCCGGCUGGCAGGGUGCGGCGGCGGGCUCGGCGGCGGCGUGACAGCUUAUUGCAGGAGUGACCAGGACAUCACCUUCUGGAAGUAAUGCCCACAGAAAGCGGGAGUUGUUCAGCUGCUCGCCAGGCAAAACAGAAACGCAAAUCUCAUAGCCUUUCUAUACGAAGAACUAACAGCUCGGAGCAGGAGAGGACGGGCCUGCCAAGAGAAAUGUUAGAAGGACAGGAUUCUAAACUGCCUUCCUCAGUUCGCAGUACGCUUCUGGAACUUUUUGGACAAAUAGAAAGGGAAUUUGAAAACCUUUAUAUUGAAAACUUAGAACUGCGUAGAGAAAUCGAGACUCUUAAUGAACGUUUGGCUGCUGAAGGACAAGCAGUCGAUGGGGCAGAACUGAGUAAGGGCCAACUCAAAACAAAAGCCAGUCACAGUACCAGCCAGCUUUCUCAGAAGCUGAAGACCACUUACAAGGCCUCCACCAGCAAGAUCGUCUCCAGCUUCAAGACCACCACGUCGAGGGCUGUGUGCCAGCUUGUGAAGGAGUACAUCGGUCACAGGGAUGGCAUCUGGGAUGUCAGUGUGGCGAGGACACAGCCUGUGGUGCUGGGGACUGCAUCUGCUGAUCACACGGCUUUGCUGUGGAGCAUAGAGACAGGGAGGUGCCUCGUCAAGUACACAGGCCACGUGGGUUCAGUAAAUUCUAUAAAAUUUCAUCCGUCAGAGCAGUUGGCUCUCACUGCUUCUGGAGAUCAGACUGCUCACAUUUGGAGAUAUGCAGUUCAACUGCCGACACCUCAGCCCGUUGCCGACACUAGUCAGCAGAUGUGUGGCGAAGACGAAGUGGAGUGCUCGGAUAAAGACGAGCCCGAUGUAGACGGAGAUGUGUCCAGUGACUGUCCUACCAUCCGGGUGCCACUCACAUCUCUUAAGAGCCACCAGGGAGUGGUCAUAGCCGCCGACUGGCUUGUUGGGGGAAAGCAGGCGGUGACGGCCUCCUGGGACAGAACGGCGAAUCUGUACGACGUGGAGACGUCGGAGCUUGUUCACUCUCUGACAGGGCAUGACCAGGAGCUCACGCACUGUUGCACACACCCCACCCAGCGGCUCGUGGUGACCUCCUCCCGUGACACGACUUUCCGUCUUUGGGAUUUCAGGGACCCUUCCAUCCACUCCGUGAAUGUUUUCCAGGGCCACACGGACACUGUGACCUCUGCCGUGUUCACUGUGGGAGAUAAUGUCGUGUCAGGCAGUGACGACCGCACCGUGAAGGUCUGGGAUUUAAAAAAUAUGAGAUCUCCCAUUGCGACAAUUCGUACAGACUCUGCCAUCAACAGGAUCAAUGUAUGUGUUGGCCAAAAAAUCAUUGCCCUCCCACAUGACAACCGACAAGUGAGAUUGUUUGAUAUGUCAGGUGUGCGGCUAGCGCGGCUCCCCCGCAGCAGUCGGCAGGGCCACAGAAGAAUGGUGUGCUGCUCGGCAUGGAGUGAGGACCACCCCGUGUGCAAUCUGUUCACCUGCGGGUUUGACAGGCAAGCUAUUGGCUGGAACAUAAACAUCCCUGCAUUGUUACAAGAGAAAUAAGGUCGCCGGCGCUCCUUGGUUUCAUAGUUUGCCAUGGACCUGAGACUGGGGCAGGAUUUUCUCGUAUCGAUCAGCCAUUUUUGUGAGACUUGGACCCUGAAAAGGGUGAUUUGUAUAUGUUCUUUUCACAUUGUACCCAGCUUGCAUGAAAUGUACAGAAAAAUGUGUGGUCAUAUUUUUUGUUGUCAUCUUGUGUGUGUGUUGGCGUCCUCUGGUCAGUAGAGAUGAAGCCCCCUUCAUGUAGCACGCUGCGUGUUGUGAGUUACUGGCAUUUGACAGAUGACAGGAGCGCAUUACAUUUGCGUGAGUUAAAUGUGAACCUGUGUACUUACUGUGAGGUGUAAGUAUCUGUUGCGUUGCUGGAAUAAUUAUACAUAUCUACCUUGUACUGGGAAGAUUGCAGAGCUGCAUUUGCAUUGGCUAACAAAUGGCAGGAAUGAUCAAAGAUUUCAUGUUUACUUCUGUAUGAAGUUUUGGCAUGUGCUAUCUUGUAAUUCAACUUCAACUCUAUAUUCUAUUAUAGUUCUGUAAAAUUAACCUGGAGUCUAGAAGUUAAA